AUCAUUCGUGUGAAUUAUACAAUAUACCUAAGCAUUAAUAUCAACUCCUUUAUCGCCGUGCACCGACCAGUUAACGAUCAAUAGUUAUGCCGAACUUAUAUAGUAUAAUAUAUGUUUCUACGAUCAAGGAUUCGACGUCCUUGGUGGUUAGGCAAGAGAAGUAGAUACCGAGAUUCACUUACGACAAUUAUAGUUGAAAAAUCUAUUCCAAAAACAUAAAAUAUUAUAUUAUUUUUGAAUAUUCUAACCGGUAAUUGGCACAAUAAUGCGACGCGGCCGACCAUUGAACCGUUGUGUUAUUCGUUUUAAAUUUUUUUGUUAAGUACUUAAAACAAUCAUCGUUCUCUUCGGUAUUUGUUUGUGCCGUGUAUACUAUACCCAAUUUUUUUUUUUGUUGCGCGUUCGAUCGUGGAAUAUAUUGAUAUUACGAUUGUUAAUACCUACGUUAAUAGUAUCAAUACCUGCGCUAAUAGUAUAUACCUACGUGAGGUAAACGGAAUAAAUGACAACGGUCUGAACGUGGUUUUAGCGGUGGUCUUCCGAAACGGAUAAAAGCACAGCCGCCGCCGUCACCACUAUGGAUCAUUGGAAAUUCAUAACGGUCAUGGUCACCGUUUUCACGUUCACGGUGGAAAUACGACCGAUGGACUCGUUUCUGACGGCGUACUUGACCGGACCGUUUGUCAACGUUACGCUAAACGAGGUUUCAAACGUAUUGACGCCGAUCAGGAUAUACUUCGGAGUGAUCGGAUCGUUUCUGGUGUUCCUGUCGUCCGACUACUUGCGAUACAAGCCGGUCAUGAUAAUCAACGGGAUGCUGGGUAUGGUGGCAUACGUCAAUCUGAUCAAUUCACCAACCACGUUUCGAAUAGUGAUGACCGAAAUCUGCUUGUCAUUGUUCGCGUGCAUCGAGAUGGCGUAUUACGGUUACCUGUACUCCAAGAUCGAGGACAAAGAACACUAUCAGAUAGCCACGGGAUUCGCCAAAUCGGGAAUGCUGAGCGGCACGUGCGUGGGCGGCCUCCUGGGUCAACUGGUGGUCUACUUCAACAAUUGCAAUUACUCUGUUCUGCCUUACUACAGCCUCGCCUUCAUGACAUUUGCGACCACGUGGGCGUGCUUCUUGCCGUCCGUCGGAAAAAGCAAAACGGUAAUUCAUAUGAGAGACGACGGCGACGAUGGUUUCUUAAAUUCGGCCAUACGAAACCCAGGCAUACCCAAGUACUCAUCAACUGAAAAAGCCAACAAGCCAAACAUCGUGCCGUCUGCGAUUCUGUUCAACCACUUCAGCGAUUUCAAACAUUCAUACGCAGACCGUACGGUCUUGAUGUGGUCCAUUUGGUAUGUCAUAGCCAUGGCCGCAUUCACACAAACGAAUUUGUACGUAAAUAUUUUGUACACUUACAUCGCAGACGAAACGGACGAUAAACACAUGUUGCUGAAUGGUUUGGUCGAUUCUCUGGCCACCAUGUGCGCGGCGAUCAGUACUUAUCAAAUCGGCAAGGUGAACGUGAACUGGAAUGAACACGGGUACUCGUUCUUGGCUUUCAUUUCUCUGGCGAUCGCGUUGCUCCUGUCCCUAGGCUACUGUUCGAAAAACAUCCUUGUCGUGUACAUGAUGUACAUCUGCCUCGACACAAUAGUGCAAUCCAUCUUCGUCAUCGCCAUGUCACAGAUCGCCAAACAACUAAAACACGAUUUCUAUACCUCAGUACUGGGAUUCAAUGCUUUCUUGGGUAUCGUUCUCUCCACUUGCUUGUCGUCACUCCUGAUACGCAUUGGGACGUCGCUGCCAGUCCGGUUUUUGGUGUACAGCUGUACGUUCGUGAUUCUCGGAGUCGUGUACGGGGGCGCCGCGAUCAUUUUCGCCACGAAGGAUAAGUCGGCGAAGAGACGUUUCAGCCGGCUGCCUUGACAGUAUUGACGGAGUCGAUUUAUUGCAUAAAUAAUACCAUCCGCCGUCACCGACCCACUAAAUAUAAGACUCAGACACAAGACCCUACACAGGACUAUUAUAGGGCUUAACCAUACAUAAUAAAUUAUUCAUUCAGGAUAUCUCAUAACCUUCCACACCGCACUCGGACCCAGGCAUGAAAAAUGAUAUGAAUAGUUUUAUGAAACAAACAAAAUUGUUCGAUCGUAUAUGAAACCAAAUAUGUAACCUAAUAUUAUAACACUUAUCUUUGUACUUAAUCACUAAUGGCCUUUGUUGUCGAUGUUGAUAUUUUUUUAGAGAUCAAUAAAAAAAAAAUAAAAAUACUCAUUCACUAGACUUGUAAUACGAAAAUCGACAGUUUUAUACUUUUGUUGCUACGUAUUGUUAACUAACGACUUGUGACGGUUACCGCGGAUAUUAUAAUUUAUAAUAGUUUAUAGUUCAGCGCAAAUUACUUAUUAUAUGGAAAAAGUCAAUUGCAAAACUUUAUUCAAGUGCAAAUUGCUUUCGAUCGAGCUUUAUGUCAUUUUAAAAUUCAAAUAAAUAUUAAUUAAAACUCAAUACUAUAAGAUAUCGUAACAAAAUAUUGUAAUUUAUAACCUUAAUAUUACAUCGUCAUACAGUGACGUAUAUAAUAUGUACCUAGGUAAUAUUUAUAAGUGUUAGUAUUAAUAGUAUAUUAGUCAGGGUGCCCCAACAUUUGUUUUUCUAAAAUUAUAUUUAUUCAUGGA